AUGGAUACCAUAAUGGAAAUUAAUGAAAGUUUACCAGUAGCUAGACCAUCACCAACAGGUCUGGCAAGACCACCAGCAUCAUUAGAUAUAACUGAAUUCGCUGAGCUUUUUGAUGAAUGGUUACCAGAACCGACACCAGGUCAAAAACGAAAAUUAGGACAUCGACGAGAUGAUCCACCAACACCGCCAUCUCCACGACAACCUCCACCAAUCAUUCCUAGAAAGACAUUACCACCAAGAAAUCCUAAUAUACCACUAGUUGGAGGUUCUGUUCAGACAUCUCCAAUUUCAAUAGAUAUAGAAAAUAAAAGUAGUCAUAAACAACAACAUUCUUUCAAUGUACUUUUACCUCUUGGACAAAAAAAUCAAAAAGAACAACAAAAAAUACAAACACCAAAUGUAAGUGUAUUACCGGAAAAUGAACCAUCAAUGAUAAUAUCAC